UCUCCCCGACUGCCUUCCUCUGAGCUUUUUAGAUGUACAUAAUCCCUGAGUUGACCCAGAAAAUAGGCAGUCGUUUCAAGAUCUGAUGCGGCAGUCUUUGUGCACACCGUCCCCGCUUGAGCAUGAAGCGUAACCCCGUGGAAUACAUACAGUAAUUCAGAGGAGCUUCACCUUGCAGAGGAAAACACUUUACAAAGACGGAGGCGAAGCAAAGUCGCGCAACUUUGAGAAAACGAAGAGGAUACGGACAGGAGGCAUGGCUGAUCAUCUGAUGAUGCCCAUGAAUCACAGCUCAGCGGGCACCAGUAUCCACGGUUACAGGAUGGGCAUGAAUGGUGGCCUGCAGGCAGGUCACCAGCAGCAUGCCAACCAGCAGGGCAUGCGGACACUGCCCAACGGCCAGAUGAUGCACUAUGGCGGUGCCCAGGCCAACAUGGAGACGGCCAUGAGGCAGCGACAGGGCAUGGUGGGCGGGCCCAUGAAUGGACAGCUGAAUGGGGCCCAGAUGGGUCACCACCAGAUGACCUCUGGUAACAUGAUGUACAACGGCCAGCCCCAGCAGCAACAGCAUCACCCCGCGCAGCAGCAUCACAUGCACCCGCAGCAGCACCAGCAACAGGCCCAGCACCCACAGCAGCAGCAACAGUUCAUGAAUGGAGGGUUAACGUCUCAGCAGCUCAUGGCGAGCAUGCAGCUCCAGAAACUCAACACCCAGUACCACGGACAUCCACUGGGUCCUAUGGGUGGGAACCACAUGGGGCCCACAACCCAGUACCGCAUGAACCCAGCUCAGCUUGCUAACAUGCAGCACGUGGCCGGACCGGCAUUGGCCCUGAAUGGCAUGGAUGCGGAUAUGAUCGACGAGGACGUCCUGACCUCGCUGGUUAUGGAACUGGGCUUGGACAGGGUCCAGGAGCUGCCAGAACUCUUCCUGGGCCAGAACGAAUUUGACUUCAUCUCGGACUUUGUCAGCAAACAACAGCCGAGCACUGUUAGUUGCUGAGAGGACGCUACUUGCCAAGGCACAAAUGGAGACAGAAGAGUGUGAAUUGUCCAGGAGGGGAUGAAGAGGGCUCAUCUUUUCACUUUUUUGUUGUGAGCCCCUCCCUGUACAACUAAACAAGUUGCAGAGCAGGAUGCACAGAAGAAAACUCUGGAUACCCACAAUGACCGCACAGGGCUUGAGUCUCACAUGUGCGUGUGACCAGAGGUGGCUGGUUUUAAGGCCUAGUUCAACUUCUCCUACUUCCUGGACAUGAAUGUAAUAAAGUAAUGCUGAAAUUCUUAAAAGCCACUCUGAACAAUGCUAUGACACUAUGUAGCCUCUAAGUCUGGACUCCAAGACAGUUUACCAGUGAAAAGGUGUAUUUAUUUAUUACUAUCUGAGAAAGCCCAUAUAAAGAGAAACCACCUUCCCCCUGUUUUUUUUGGAUCAAAGUGGUUUUAAUGUUUUUUUUUUUUUUUUUCUGAGAUUAAGUUAAGAGAGAACAUUUAAAAUUAAGUUCUCUCCUCAUGGUUUCCUCACUGUUUUAUUUGGCUUAAUAUUAAAAUAAGCUGAGAUGACAAUGUCUUCUAAAAAGCGCCCAACUUUUCUAUCACAAAAGUACAAUGUUUUCUCAUUUGAACGCGGCUGUCAUCCAGAAAUGGUUCACUUUUGGUAAAGUGUUGCCUUUUUAGACGUGAUGUUCUCAAGAAAUCUACUGCUUGUACUGUAUGAAGCUGUAUAACUCCAAAAUGUCCACACUGUUGUGUUCUAUUGGAGAUGUAGAACCGCCUUAAUCGCGCAGAUUCUUAUUUAUUGGUUGUUUAUAUUGUCCCCUUUUUUGUGGUCAAGAUUUGGGGGAUGGUCUUUGUGAAAGGGGUUUUGAGGAUCAAUAAAAACGGCCUGGAUAGAA